AUGAGAGCAUUGAUUAUGGAAUAAUUCAAGCAACCUAAGUUUGCUAAGAACUUCCCUAUUCCUGAACCAAAAGAAGGUUAAGUACUUAUCAAAGUAGAAGCAGCCCCUAUCAACCCUUCUGAUUUAUCAUACAUUAAUGGUCAAUAUGGUAAAGAAGCUAAAUUCCCUGUAGUUUUAGGUUUUGAAGGAUCAGGUACUAUCGUCAAAAGUGGAGGUGGUGCUUAUGCAGACUCUUUGGUAAAUAAAAGAGUAGCUUUUUCAGCUGAAACUGGCUCUUAUGCUGAAUUCUGUUUAGCUAAGGCUACUUCUGUCGUUCCAAUUUCAGACAACCUUACUUUUAGCUAGGCUUCCUGCAGUUUUGUUAACCCAUUAACUUGUGUAGCUUUCUUAGAAAUUGUUAAGGAAGCUGGUGUUAAAGCUAUUGUUCACUCUGCUGCUGCCUCAGCUUUAGGAAAAAUGGUUGUUAGAUAUUUCUAACAAAAUGGAAUAAAAGUAAUUAACUUGGUUAGAAGAUAAGAAUAAGUAGACACCCUCAAAGCAAUCGGUGCAGAAUAUGUCUUAAAUCAAACAGAUCCCAACUUCAAUCAAGAAUUAUCCAAAUUAUCAGAAGAGUUAUAAGCCACCAUUUUCUUUGAUGCCGUUGCAGGCACUACUACAGCUGAUGUUGUUUUCUAAAUGCCAAGAGGCUCUACCGUUUAUGUUUAUGGUGGUCUCUCUGGAUAGGAAUCAUUGAUAGGACCUAGAGUUCUUAUCUUUAAGGAUGCUACAGUGAAAGGCUUCUGGCUAUCCCCCUGGUUAGGUAAGUUGAAACUUGAAUAAAUAGUUUCAUUAGUUAAAAAAGUCUAAACACUCCUCACUUCUGAUCUUAAAACAGAUAUUGCUGGUGAAGAAAAGCUUGAAAACUUUAGCUAAGCCUUAGAAAAAUACGCUAAAAAUAUGUCUGCAGGCAAAAUUCUUUUUAGACCUACCUUGCUUUGA